AUGUUUCUGAACGGCUAUAAAAGUGUAUCUUCACCGGCUGUGAUGGGAACCGUGUCCACGGCAGUGGGCUCACAGCGGACUCCCACAGCUAAGCCGUUAAAGAAACGUCAUCGUCACCAUAAAAUCCCAAGGUGUGCCCAAAGGACCAUACAGAAAAGAAAGCGCUUGUUCUCGGGGCAGGCUGCAAACCCUUCAGAGCAUCACGGGUAUAAGGAGACAGACCAGCCCAGUAACCUGGCAGAUACAACCGAGCCUCUGCAGAAGAGACCAAGGACAGAGAGGAGUCCAGAGGAACCUGCUAACCAACCCGUUAUACGUCUUUCCAAAUCACAUUGGACAAAGACGUAUUUGGAAGGAGAACUGCUGGGUGAAGGAGGAUUUGGUUGUGUGUUUGCUGGGAUACGGAAAGAAGACGGAUUGCCAGUUGCAAUCAAGUUUGUCUCCAAGACGAAGCCAUAUGAAAAACUACAGCUCACAGGAUAUGGAUGGCUCCCCAUUGAGAUAGCGCUGAUGGUCCUUGCGAACACCAAACCCUGCUCAAACAUCCUGAAGAUUCUGGACUGGUUCGAAGAGCCAAAACGCUAUGUUGUCAUUCUGGAACGGCCUGAACCAUGUCUGGACCUCCAUGAAUUCUCCAGCAAGCAGGGUGGAUGUUUGACUGAGGUCGAGGCUCGCAUUGUGGUGUUUCAGCUGAUGGAGGCGCUGAAGCAUUGUAAGAGCCAGGGGAUACUGCACCGAGAUGUCAAGCCAGAAAACAUCCUGAUACAGACAGACACGUGGCAAGUCAAGCUGUUUGACUUCGGUUGCGGAGACCUCGUCAAAGACUGUUACGAUCGCUUUGCAGGCACACCUAAAUAUGCCCCUCCUGAGUGGUUCAUCCAGGGGCAGUAUCUGGCAGACCCAGCUACCGUCUGGUCUGUGGGGGUGACGCUGUACAGGCUGGUGUGUGGCUGUCUGCCUUUCGGGACCAGUGAGGAAACCAAAACUGGCUAUUUGUUCCUCCCCGAAAGUCUGUCUCAAGAGUGCAGUGAUCUGAUCUCUUGGUGUCUGAGCCCCAGUGCAGAAGGCAGACCCAGCCUGGAUCAAAUACAGCUUCACCACUGGUUUUACGUACCAGAUAUCCGAGGUGCCAGUGCACAGGAUACAGGGACCACUACACUAUCCUCCUCUUGA